AUGGCGGAGGCGGCCAAGAUGGCGGAGGCGGCGGCGGAGCUGCUGGAGCGGGCGGCGCGGCGGGACGCGGCGCUGGAGGAGCUGCGGGCCCUGCGGGUCGCCCUGCAGGCCGUGCCGCUCGCCGCCCUCCGCUCCCGCCUCGGCGAGCACCACCUGAGGGCGCUCUUCGGCCUCCUCGCCGUCAAUGACCGGGAACAGGUGUCCGCGUGUGUUUCCAUCCUGGAGAGGCUCCUGCAGGCCCUGGACCCCCUUUACGUGAUCCAGAACCUCAGGGAAGAGCUGCAGAAGGGCCUUUUCCACCCCGAUGACUCUGUGAAGAUCCUCACCAUGUCCCAGGUUGGGAGGAUUGUUGAAGACUCAGCUGCUGUCACAGAGAUUCUGCACAGCCCCGAGCUGUUACAGCAGAUCAUAAACUGCAUUGGUGGGGAGAAAAUAGCAGUGGCCAAAGAGGCCAUUAAAUCUCUGUCAAGGCUAGCCCAGAGCCAGGAGGGUUUGGAGGCUCUGUUUGGGAGCAGCUUGCUGGGUGAGCUGAGGAGUGUCAUGGCCACGAGUGACGUCGUGCGGUACAGGGUCUACGAGUUAAUUGUGGAGAUUUCGUCGGUGUCAGCAGAGUCCCUGAAUUACUGUGCAAACAGUGGGUUAAUCCCUGAGUUAAUUGGGGAGCUGACAGGAGAGGAUGUGCUGGUCAGAGCCACGUGCAUAGAGAUGCUGACCUCGCUGGCCCACAGCCCCCAGGGCCGGCAGUACCUGGCUCAGCAAGGAGUCAUCGACAGAAUCUCCAACAUCAUCCUGGGGGCAGAGUCAGAUCCCUUCUCCAGCUUCUAUCUGCCAGGAUUUGUUAAAUUUUUUGGCAAUCUGGCUGUUGUAGACAGUCCCCAGCAGAUCUGUGAGCGCUACCCUGUCUUUAUGGAAAAAGUCUUUGAAAUGGCAGAAAGUCAGGAUCCAACCAUGAUUGGAGUGGCUGUGGACACACUGGGAAUCCUGGGAUCAAGUGUGGAAGGCAAACAGGUUUUGCAGAAAACUAGAAGUAGAUUUCAAAAUCUCUUAAGCAAAAUAGGGCACCAGGCCAAGAAUGCCCCCACCGAGUUACGGCUUCGGUGCUUGGAUGCGAUUUCAUCCCUGCUUUACUUGCCUCCAGAGCAGCAGACAGAAGACCUUCUAAGAAUGACUGAAUCCUGGUUCACAUCCUUGUCCAGCCAGCCCCUGGAGCUGUUCAGGAGCAUCAGUACUCAGCCAUUCCCUGAUCUCCACUGUGGGGCUUUACGGGUGUUUACUGCCAUUGCAAAUCAACCAUGGGCCCAGAAGCUGAUGCUGAGCAGCCCAGGGUUUGUGGAGUACGUUGUGGACAGAUCUGUGGAGCCUGACAAAGCUUCAAAGGAUGCUAAAUACGAACUGGUGAAGGCCCUGGUGAACUCCAAAACCAUUGCAGAGAUCUUUGGCAAUCAGUACUACCUGAGGCUCAGGGCUUACCUGCACGAGGGCCCCUAUUAUGUUAAGGCAGUUUCUACUACAGCUGUGGAAGGAGCAGAAUAAUCCUUCCUUCAAUAGUCCUUGGUGUCUGGGGUCCCCCUCCUGCAGAACACAGUCCUGGCACAGGUGUUGAGGUACAAGGUGUAAAAACUCUCCACACUGGAGGUUGUCUCUUUAAAGGAAUGUGAAGAUGUUUUGACUCUAUUUGAAAAGAGUCAGGAGAGUAAAUUACAGGUUAUUUGAUAUUUCCCCCUAAAAUGUCAUGGCAGAAGUUCCCUGUGUGCUUCAUGAGGCAGGUAACCCAGGUGAGCACUUAGCAGCUGCUGACUGUGUUUUAUUUGGCAGAAUUUAUCAGUGUUUGUUUAAAUUGUUCUUGUGUUUGGAGUUUAUGUUGUGUUUUCCCAGUAGGUUACAGUUCAGUUAAAAAAAAAACACCAAAACACCUCAAGGUUUGUAACCUCAAAUGCUGCCAUAAUUUCUAUUCUUUUUUAAUUCGUUUUUUUACCUGCCAAAGUUGGCACUUGCAUGGAACACUCUGUUCUGUCAGAAUCCUGUUGUUGAAUAAGUGACACUGUCCACAUGAGGGAGUAUGGACUGGAUUCUCUUGUUUUCAGCCUGCUGGAUGUGAGUCUUGCUGGAAUAAAUAAUCCUAAAUAUUGUUUACAUUUUUUGCUGAGGAUUAAAAAAAAAAAAAAGUUUUUAACCCUUUUGAAAAGAAAUCAAUGCACUCUGUAGGGAUCAAACCCACCUGGGAGCUUUGUACUCCUUGUUGGCUCUGCUGUGGGGUGGCAGCUCAGUUUUUUGGGUGGAGCACUACAAGGAUAUUUCAGAACCAAAUCUUGAAUUGUUUACACUUUUUUUUUUUAAGAGAGAUACAAUUUUUUAAAGUGUUAUUUAAAGCAAUGUAUUUUAGUUAGCUGAGUUAGACUAAAAGGGGUAAGAACAUGGAGCUCUUGUGUUGAAGGGAGUGAAUGAACUGGGAGUAUGGAAAAGUGGCAUCUUAGGAAGUUGGACUCUUCUUUUGAAGAUGUCAGAGCUGGGGGAGAGAAUCAGGAGUGGCUGGGCACUCCAUGACAUGUGAUGUGUCUUUGCCCAUAAACAGAGACCACAGGGUACUUUCUAUCAAAGCCUUGCAUUCUUUUUGUUGAGGGGGAGCAGAAUAAAACAUGAAAUUAUUACUACUUUGGGGCUUCUUUCAGUAAUGUGUCAGCCAGGUGUAACUCUGGGGAGUACUGGCCCCAUGUCCCUGUGCUGCCAGGGGAAGCAGGAGGAUCCUGUCCUGCAGUAACUCUGGUUUUGCCUGUGGCAGGUGGAGGUGCAGCUGGCAUUGCCUGCCAAAAAGUGCUGCCCAGGAGGGCUCAGAGGAGCUGGGGGAGAUCCCUUAAUGUUUGCUAAGCUGUCUAAAUGCAGGUGAGGUGCCUUGUUGCUCACAACCCAAGAUGUCCCCGAGUUGUCAUCCUGCAUCCCAAUGCUGCUGCUUUUAUCCUAAAUGUGCCCAAUAAAGAUCUGCCAGUGAGAAAUGCACUGCAGUGUCUUGUGACUGGAGAGAGCACAGGAGCUUCAUGAAUCCUGCAUUCAGCAAACACAUUAAAGCACUAAAAAGGAGAUAAAUGAAUGUCAAAGUCCUUAGCUUGCACUAGUUCUGGGCAGUUCACCUCUGUUGUUUUAGGUUGCUUUGUGUGCUGGUGGCUCUGUACAAGCCAUAUGCUGAAAUGUCAGUAAAAGAAAUCAAUAUAUAAACCUGUUCUGCAAUUCAUGAGCCUCUUCCAUGUGUGUUUUCAGCUGGUGCUUUUGAAGGCUACUCCGUGUGCUGAGUAUUUAGCAUCUGCUUUGCAUGGUACAUUUGCCAAAGACAAUAUUUUAGAAUGUGCAGAGAUGCCAAACAAGGGGAUUUUUUAAAUGUAUACACAUAUGCUUUAUUUUGUUGAGCUUUGAGCUCAGUGUUGAUUGAUUAAUUGAUCACUUUCCCCUUAUUACUCAGAAGCAGUUCCCUGCCCAUUCUGUACAUUGCCAUAUGGAUUACAUGCUGCUGCUGUAUCUGAUAUAAAUGACAAUUCUGAA